AUGCCCGCCAGAGUCUCAGGCGAAGGCCUGAAGAGAAAGAGAGUAUCACCGAAGGAAAAGUCGAAAAAGCGCUCCAAAUCAGAAUCUGAGUCUGAAGCAGAGAGCAAUGAGAGCAACGACCCUCAGGCUGAGAUCCUAUUACUUGAGAAUGAUAUUUUCGAGUCCAAGAAGCAUUACAACAACAUUUCAAAAUUGAUCAAAACCACGAACACUCACGAGGAUGAACCUGAAGUGGCGACCCUGGCCUGUGUAGCUCUGUGCAGAGUUUUUGUGAGACUGCUUUCUGCAGGAGCUCUCGUUCCCAGGAAGGGUCUGCCUGAAAAGGAGGCGAUUGUUACGCACUGGCUCAAAGAACGGUAUUUCGAAUACAAGGAUGUGCUCAUAUCCCUUCUUUCCAAGGAGGAUCUGGCCUCGACAGCUUUGACGCUGGCCAUGCGGUGUCUCAAGGUCGAGGCGCAACAUCUUUACGAGAAGGAAGACUACAUCUUCCCUCACAACUUCCUUGAACAGAUCAUCGCGGGUCUAUUGCAAUCAGACAGCGAUGAUACGCGCGUGGAGUUUGUAGAGAAAUACUUGACCCAAUACGACGACAUCCGCUUUUCCACGCUAAAGGCAAUCAAGUCUCUGGCUGAGACGCCCGGCUCUUUGCCCGAGGACGAGCUUUUCGAUGAUGCCUUCGAGCUGCUCACAAACAUUGGUGACGUACCCACCGAACUCGGCAACUUCUUUGCCGAGAAGCCCAAGAAGAAGUCGCACAACAUCAACUCUCUUCACCAGCACAAGAAGCAAGGCCAGGAUGCCUGGCUCGCCGUUCUUAAGCUUGCAGCAACACGAGAGCAGCGAAAAAAGGUGCUGGAUGUUAUGUCCAAUGAGAUUGCGCCGUGGUUCAUCAGACCGGAAUUGCUUGCCGACUUCCUUACAGACUCGUAUGACGCCGGCGGUUCAAUCUCGCUGCUUGCGCUCUCUGGUGUUUUCUAUCUCAUCAAGGAGCGCAACCUAGAUUACCCAUCGUUCUACACAAAGCUCUACUCCCUUCUGGACAGCGAGAUUCUGCACUCGAAGCACCGGUCAAGAUUUUUCCGGCUGAUGGACACAUUCCUGUCGUCGACUCAUUUGCCAGCGGUGUUGGUGGCAAGUUUCAUCAAAAGAUUGGCACGUUUGAGCUUGAACGCGCCUCCAAGUGCUAUUGUCUUUGUGGUGCCUUGGAUGUACAACAUCCUCAAGAGGCACCCGCUCUGCACGUUUAUGAUCCACAGGGAGACAAGGGGCCCGGAGGCCAAGAUGCUCAUGGAGAAGCAGGGCCUCGAUGACCCUUUUGUGGCCGACGAGGCCGACCCGAUGGAGACGCACGCCAUCGACAGCUGUCUGUGGGAGAUUGUGCAGCUGCAGUCACACUACCACCCCAAUGUAGCGACGAUCGCCAAGAUUAUGUCGGAGCAGUUCACCAAGCAGUCCUAUAAUAUCGAGGACUUCCUCGACCACUCAUACGGCAGUUUGCUCGAGGCCGAGAUGAGCAAGCAGGUCAAGAAGCAGCCCGUUAUCGAGUUCCAGAUUCCGAAAAGGGUGUUCCUCCCGAACGAGCCGGAUUCUGGAUUCCAAGACAACCUAGUGACGAAGCUGUGGAGCUUCCAGUGA